AUGGUUAAAAGCACGGUACUUUUACCAGGGGCUGGUAUAACGAACAUCGUUCUCGAAGCCGGAAAACAGCUCGUUUCGCCCGGCAAAACCGCCCGCGCCUUUCAUCUCCGCGACGUAUCCCUAUUUACUGCCAUGGCUCUCCCAAAGGGUGUGGCGGUCGAGAUGAGGGAUAAUUGUCGUGGCCUAAUAAUAAUCGACCACGUCGAAGAUACAACCACGCAAAUGGCAAAAGAGAAUGCCAUAAUUAAAGCCUUUAAAGUAGCCAAAUAUCACCGCGUGCACAAUAUUUUGGAUUACGAAUACCCCAAAACCAGCUUUUACAACCAUAUAAACAGCGCUUCCUGGAAAUAUGGAGAAGCCUUCCAGGGUAUUAAGGGCUGUUAUAUCGGUGACGGGAAAUACGACCGCCCUUUUUUUAUCCAUGCCGGCAUACUGGAUACCGUUUUCCAAAGCUGGUUAAACAGCAUUUGGAUUGGGGGCAAAAACGGGGGUUUCGACUUUACGAGGCCCUUUAUACCGGUUCACUUCACUAAGCUCGAAAUCUCAGCCGAGAUUCCCGGCGAUGUGGAUUAUAUACUACGCGGUCUUUGCCUGUCGCAGCGCUAUGGCUUUAUUAAUUUAUUUGCAAAUAUAUUCAUUUACGAUAAGGAUGUCUCUAAACCUUAUUUAAUGGUUAAAGACUUUCGGGUUGCCGAGUUAAAUAUGGACGAUGGUAAAGGCCAAGAACCAAAUUACGUUAAUCCAGCCGAUAUUACUGGAAAGAUUUGUUGGAAUUACGCCUUGGAUUUAAUGGAGCCGCAAAACAUUUUUCACGUCAUUUGCAAAGUUUUCGAAGUUACCCUUAACCAGGAACCGGUGCCAAAAUUAAUUAUAACUCAGCUUCCCGAGGGCAUUUUUUACCAAAACCAGGUGCGCUACGUCUUAGUUAACCCCAAAGUUGGCCUCAUCGACAUGGAAGAAUUGGAUGUUAAAGCGUUAUUGGAUACUCCGUUUACAGGAACGGCCAAGAUUGGCGAAUUACCCCAGGCAGGCCUGGUGAUAAUUCCAAACCAGCUGGCGAUAAUUAAAAAUUACGAACAGCUUAUCGACGGUUUACUUGGAUUUGCCGAGCCAGACGCAAGGAUAAUAAUUACUACGGUGCAAGGACCACCACCUGCUGGAUUUAAAGACAAGGGGUGCACUCUGGAAUUUCGAGUUGAUGGAAACGGGCCAUUCUUUAUAUACAGGACUGCUGCUGCUGCCAAGCCAAAAAGCUCCGCCAAAGACACGCCUACGCCUGUUCGACGGGCCGUGUUUAUCGAGCCUUUAAAUGCAUUCGAAAAAUGUUCUGCAUUUUCGAAAUCUUUCCAGGAUAUUUUACAAGUUUAA